AUGUCUUUGAAUCAAAACUUACAAAAUUCUGCACCUACCUCUAAUACACUUCCUCGUCCAGACGAGAGUUUUGUAAUUGAAUUGAGUUCCGAUUUCAAUAAAGAAACCAGUGCUGAAGGAACUGAAGAACUAUUUUUCAAUACUGGAACUGGUAUUAGUACAAUCAAACGGCACUUCGAAAGUAACCAUAAAUCCGAAUACCAUCAAUUGCUUCAGUUGUCACCUCCACGAGCUGUAGAAUAUUAUGGUGUUCGUGAUGAAAAAAAAAUAAAAAGAUUGAAUGGAAGAAAAAUUUUGUCGAUGACCGCUGACAAUGCUAGUAACAUGGAUGCCUGUGGUGAACAUCUUGCUAGUAUGUUAGAAUAUCACUAUGAUAACAACGCUUUUUGCAGGUUGCGAUGUGCCGCCCAUAUACUUAAUCUCGCUGUCGUUAAUGGUCUUUCUAUGAUUGAUGAGUCAACAAAAAAAGCACGAAAUUUCUCAAGCCAUAUUCGUCGCUCCCAACCCUGCCUAGAAGAAUUAAAAAAAAUUUUCGCGAUGAAGAACCAACCAGUUUUAAUGCCUGAGCUCGACUGUGAAACCAGAUGGAAUUCGUUGUACUUGAUGUUAAGUAAACUAUAUAAAAUAAAAGAUAUGACGGAUAUAUUAGUGGUUUCAAUGCCACAGCUUAAACAACAAUACAUGACUAUUCAAGAUUGGAAUAAUAUUCAAAUCGUAAUAACUCUGUUGGAACCCAUUUAUGAAGCUACCAAGUUACUUUCUUCGUCGACCCACCCGACUAUUGGAGAUGUGCGCACAGUUUUUUUUGUAAUUGUUACACACCUUACUGAAGCUAAAAGAGAAAUAAAUUCAACAAAAUCACGAAUAUCAGAAAAAAUUCUUGAAAAACUUGAUAAAUAUUGGAACGAAUUACAAUCCUCCCUUCCAGAAGCGGUGUUACUUGACCCAUCAUCCAAAUUUUCUACUUUUUAUUCUAGCUAUGAAAGAAAUUAUGUGCGUCAAAUAAUUAAUAAAACUUAUAAAAACUACGCCCCUUCUGAUAAUGGAACGACUAAUCAGAUCCCAUGCUUAAGUCAGUUCAGCUCAGCUCGCGAUUACUUUCGAAAUCAGCUAAAACGAACUUAUGAUGAUAUGUCAGUUAGUUGUAAUGUAUUAGAUGAAUACUUAAAUAUGCCCGAUGAAAAUGUAGAUACUCUUGCAUUUUGGAAAUCAAAAUCUUCAAAUAUAAAGUGGGUACCUCUUGUUAAAAUGGCUCGGGACUACCUGGUUGCUCAGGCAACCAGUGUCCCGAGCGAACAGGCCUUUUCCCUUGCAAAACAUACAAUAAAUGCAGUACGAAACCGGUUGGAAGAUGAAAAG